AUGAAUUAUAAAUUAACAGAGCCUCUUUAAGGUUAAGAUCAGAAACCAGAAAUUGUAGGGGAAUUUAUAACACCCAAAGGUAAAAGGAGAGUUUUGCAUGGAUUUUCUAAUUCAAUAAUUGUCGCCAACAAGAAGAAAUUCAUUUCUCUAACCUUCGAAACCAAAUUUUAAUUAUUAAGAGAAUAGGUUGAGGAGAAGUUUAAAGUUGGAAAACCAUUAGGAUUAUUGAUUGAAAGAGAGAAUAUUGAGCACAAAAUAAAAUUAUUUUCUGAUGAUGCAUAACUAUUAAAAAGAUGGAGAGAUUACUUAGCAAAACACAUAAAUCAAAGAGGAUUUCACGAAAGCUUUAAGGCACAUAGAAAAAUUGGGAAGGGCAAUUUUGCAUCAGUUUAUUUGGCUGAUCGCUUAGAGGAUGAAAGAAGUUUUGCCAUAAAAGCAUUUUCAAAAGAGGUAGCGUAUGGUUAAGAUAAAGGAAAAGUAAAAAUGUCCUUUUUAUUAUAGUUGUCCAUAUUGAAUGAAAUUUCCGUUAUGAGAUAGUUUGAUAGUCAUGCCUUAAUAAAAUUACAUGAAGUUUACGAAACUGAAAAUUCCUUAUACAUGGUACUUGAUUUGUUGGAAGGAGGAUCUCUGUACGAUAAAGUAAAAAAUAGGCCUUAGUUUAAUUCAUUUGAAAUUGAAGUGCUUUUAUUUACUUUAUUGGAAGGAUUGCAACAUAUGCAUUCAAAGCACAUAAUGCAUAGAGAUUUGAAGCCAGAAAAUAUAUUAUUUAGAAAAGCAAAGUAAUCUAUUAUUCUAUUGAAUUAUUAGCAAUAUCUAAUCUGUUUGCAUAGCUGAUUUUGGGUUGGCUUAAAACGCUGAUGAAUUCCCAUAUUUAUUUAAUCGAUGCGGAACACCAGGUUUUGUAGCUCCAGAAGUGGUCAAUUGCAAAGAUGGAGGAAGAUACGAUCCAAUUUGUGAUGUAUAUAGCUUAGGACUCAUAUUUUACAUAUUGUAAUUUCUUAGUAAAUUAUAUAAGAUUAACUGGCAAACCUGCAUUUCCAGGAAAAAGUUACAAUGAUGUCUUAGCAAAGAAUAGAAAAUGUGAAAUAUCCUUCGAUGGAGCCAUAUUUGAGAAUGUUCCUUAAUAGGCCUAUGAUUUAUUAAGAAAGAUGUUAGAAAAAGAGCCUCAAAAACGGAUCACUGCUUAACAGGCUCUUGGGCAUUCCUAUUUCGGUAGAAGGUUAAAACAGGUGGAAGAAAAUGAAGAGACGACCUUAAAGAUUUAGGAAGAACAUUUAAAAUUUGAUAAAUAGAGACUAAAAUAGCUAAGCAAUUCACCUCUUCAUUCACCAUUGAUAACUGCUUCUUCAAAAUUAAGGAAGGAUUGUUCUAAUGAUAGUUUAUAUCAAAACAGCCCUUUGUUAAAUGGCCACACUGAUUAGAUAGGUAUUAUUAUCUAAAUUACUUAGAUUCUCCUUCAAAUAAUGGAUUCAAUAGUCCUUCCGCUUAAGGUAGAUAAUUAAAUAGAGGAGAUUAACAAUAAUAAUAAAAACCUUCAAGAUUCAGAGAUUUUGAUGGAAAUAAUACUAAUGGUUAGGGAAAUUAUUAAAAUUCUAAUUCAAAGCCAUUUAGUCUAAAUUAAAAUCCUUUGCAUAAAUAUGCAAUUAGAAAUGAAAUGGUCAGAUAGUAAAAUAACUAAGAAUAAAAAUAAUGA